AUGCAACAUGAAGUGAGGGAUACAGCGAGCUUAUGUGCGAGCGAGACAUCGCACACGCACCAGCUGCUGCAGAUUGGAAGCUUGGCGGACGUUAGAUCAGACGGCUGCUAUCGAGCCAUUGGCGCUUCAAGGGUUGUGCUUAAGGAGUGUCGAGGACGUCUUGGCCAGCUGAGGGGAUGGGAGUCGCUCUUGGAUGAGGAGACGAAGGGUCUACACUGGCGAACAUGCACCACACCCCUCGAUUCGGCUACAGUGAUCCACUGGGAGAUGGUCUCGUUCCGAGUCGUCCGAGCCCCCAACUGGGACUGGACCACUGGACUACCCUCUAAGCAUUACCCUCCACGUCCAAAAAAUCCACCUGUCCAACAUCCAAUCCGUCUCCAAAUCCAGUACUGUCUCUUGAGCUCCUGGAUCGCCGAGGCCCUUCUGCAACAUGCCGUUCAUUACCACCACCACCAAUAUGGAGUCUACACCCGACGUCCGGGUGUUAACUCAUAUACAGUUCACGAGCACCAGCAGACCAUCGUCGUAUCAGGCACCCUGGAUGACGGAAUGCGGCCCCUUACCUUCACGGCUUGUGCCGCACAGGCCUUCUCGUGCAGUGCUAUUGUGAGCUACGAGCCUGAGGAGAACCGUGAUCAGCCCAGCAAGGCUCGGGAAAUGGGUCGCUGUCUUCCACCCGAUGUGCACUUCAACCCUACUUGUCAUGUCAGUCGCCAUGGCGUCCUGCCCGAGGAAGGGGAAAGGUACUCCGGACGGCGUCGUCAACCCCCCGAACCUCCCGAACCCCACGCACCCCCAGAAAACAACCCCCCGCCCGAAAUCCACACCCUGCCCGCCAACUUGGAAAUGCCCCUCCGGCAAGGGCUUCGACGCCGGCAGCCCGAUCCGCUGCCUCCACAAGGAGCCCGGGCGGUACGUCUGCAUGUCGCCGGUGGGGUGGGCGCGCCCGCACUGCCAGCGGGUGUUUCCGUCGCUGUGCCACCUCCGGCAGCAUCUGCGAGCAGGAAGAGCCGAAACGGAAUUGUUUGGCUCUUAUGCGCCCUUCAGAUUCUGCGCGUCCGCUAUCCGGUCACCGUCCAGGAACGCGUUACCCUCACGGGGUAG